AUGACUUGCUCUUUUCCCUUUCAAAUUACCGAUCAGCCAUGGGCACAUUUCGACAACAAACAGUCAUCCACCGCGUCUCAGCACAAGCUAGAGGCAUCACAACCCACCAGCUUGGAAUUUGCGGAUGAGGGAGAAGGCGACACGUUUUACAAGAAAUUGAUUCACCGAGACGAGAUACAACUGAAAGAGCCAGCUUUGCAGAAGGAGCAGCGGCAACAGCCCAAGCAGCAUCAUGCAUGGCGAAACAGACUGCGAAGGAAGCAGAUCGACAAGGAGUUGAUCGGCUCGCCAGCGGACUUUCAACACAAAGGCCAUAUUGGAUAUACAGCUGAGCACGGCUUCAGCGUCCAAGGAGACAGUCGUGACAUUAUCGGUCAACUCAAGUCACUCGGCAUUACUGCAGAAGAAAUCGAACAGAACAAGGGGUUUAUCCAAGAAUACAUGGCGACGCACGACAACCAUCAGCAGCAACAGCGACAGCCCCCAGCAGCAGUUAAAGCACAUAAGGCUGCUGCUACACCCUCAUUGCACAUGACAUUCUGCUUCCGCAGAUGCUUUUUCCUGUCAGUGUGA